UGACGCAAAACUCCCGCGACGGCGAGGGCCCUUCAGGAGGACGGGCCGAGGGCGACAUUAGAGAGAAAUAUUUAAUUUUCUGAUUAUAUUAAUCAGUUUUCUGAGAUGGCGUUACGGGUUGUUCGGUUGUUCGUGCCCACCGGUGCAGCAGCGUUCAGGGCAGGUGCAGCUGUGCGGACGGCUGGAAUCCACACUUCAACAGUCAGAAACCUGCGGUAUGGAUGGUGGGCAUAUGCUCUGGGUGAGAGAACAACUCCCAGGUUCAAGGAGAACAGCAAGAUUUUCUGUAUAGACGGCAAUCUGGCAUCCGGAAAAGGAGCACUCGCACAAAAAUUGGCCGACAAGCUGGGGAUGCUGUACAUGCCUGAGCCUGAUGUGCACUACCUGGACAAAAUGACCAGCGAGAAGGUCCCUCUGGACACGUCCUUCAAUGGAAACUGCAGUCUGGAGAAGUUCUACAUGGAUCCGAAAGCGAGGGAUGGCAACUCUUACCGCCUGCAGGCUUGGAUGUACCUCAUGAGGCUCCUGCAGUACACGGACGCCAUUGAGCAUCUUCUCACUACAGGCCAGGGAGUCGUUCUUGAACGGUCUCCGUUUAGUGACCUGGUGUUUGUGGAGGCCAUGUUCAAGCAAGGAUACAUCAGGAAAGAGUGUGUGGAUCAUUACAACGAGAUCAAAAGCGUCAGCAUCUGUGAGUUUUUGCCUCCUCACCUGGUCAUCUAUGUGGACUCUCCUGCUGAGGAGGUCCAGAAGAAACUCAAGGCCUCUGGAAAACCAUAUCUCCAAAAUGUACCACUCGCCUACCUUAAAAGCAUUGAGACUUCAUACAAGACGACCUUCCUGCCCAAGAUCAGUGAGGAGUCUGAAGUGCUUGCCUACGAUACAACACAAGCCCAAGAUAUUGAGAGGGUUGCAGAGGAUAUUGAUUAUUUGAAGUUUGAGAAAGGCCCAUGGUUAGAGCAGGAUGAUGUCACCUUCCAUCAUAUGCGAAUGCUGGUGGAGGAUAAACAGAAAGUGGCCAAUAUGGCUGCAAUCCCCAGAUACAUCCCAGAAGUCACCAUCGGUGCUCACGAAUUUGACAAAGGCUUCUACUCCUUCAAAUCCCUUCCAGGGAAGAGGUAUGCAGAAGGUUACAAUGAAGACGCAGGAGACAAAGGUAUCUGGCUGAAGUGAGACGCUAACUGCCAACCUUCUCAGAGAUGCACCAACAUGACUGAAGGGAAGGAGCAGCUGUCGGAGAGUAAACCUUUUUUAUCCUGCUUCACUUGUUUGUCCACAUCCACUGGGAGGGAAGAUUGUGUUCUGCCGUUCUGCGGCUGAACUUCUGUAAAUUGUUAUUAAGCAAAAAUAAACUCUAUGUGUUUAAAGUAUCA